CGCGGCUGACGGCGUCGAGUUCACUGGUACUACUGGCAACAUGAACGACCCCCAGCAGGCUUUCCGGAGGUUCGCGCAACAAUUGCAGAAGUCAGGAGGUGGCGGAGGUGGGCGGCCUCCUCCAGGCCUCCUCGGCGGAACGGGUCUCCUCGUCGCUCUCGUUGGCGGCGGCCUUUUGCUGAACGCUAGUUUGUUCAAUGUUGAUGGUGGUCAUCGAGCGAUCAAGUACACUCGGCUGCACGGUGUCAAGCCUGAUGUCUAUCCCGAAGGAACCCACCUCAUGCUUCCAUGGUUCGAGACGCCAAUCAUCUAUGAUAUCCGCGCGAAGCCACGGAAUAUCGCCAGUCUAACCGGCACAAAAGACCUGCAAAUGGUCAACAUCACUUGCCGUGUACUCUCGCGACCAGAUGCUCGUGCACUCCCUACCAUCUUCCGAGAGCUCGGCACUGAUUACGACGAGCGGGUUCUGCCGUCCAUCGUCAACGAAGUGCUGAAGAGCGUCGUUGCACAGUUCAACGCGAGUCAGUUGAUCACUCAGCGUGAACAGGUGUCGAGGCUUGUGAGGGACAACCUCACCGCACGAGGGCUCAAGUUCAACAUUGUGCUCGAUGACGUCUCUAUCACCCACGUCGCUUUCUCCCCCGAAUUCACGCGGGCUGUCGAAGCCAAGCAGGUGGCCCAGCAGACUGCGUUGCGUGCGGCUUUCUUGGUUGACCAGGCCAUCCAAGAGAAGCAGUCGAUCAUCGUACGCGCUGAGGGUGAGGCACAAUCUGCAGAACUCAUCGGCGAUGCGGUGCGCAAAAACAAGGGUUUCCUCGAGUUGCGUCGGCUCGAGGCAGCUCGCGAAAUCGCGGACCAGCUUGCUCAGUCGGGCAACAAGGUUAUGCUCGACUCGAGCAGCUUGCUUUUGGAUGUAACCAGCGACGUGAGGAACACAAGGAAGGAGUAAUCAAUACUGUCUACCUACCACCCGUAUGAUCGUUUCAGUAAUCGCAUCUCCACUCCGUAUAUGGUGGGCUUUCACAUCAAUCAAAAGCAUCAAAA